AUGCUAUCCGAAACAACAAAAAAUUGGCUCAAGUCAAAGCUACAAUAUAUUAGGAAAAAUACUUACUUUCAGUUUUCUGACGAUGUAUUGAUUUCAAUAUUAGUUUGUCUCAUAUCCGGUGAAAAACAUUUGAUACUGACAUGCAAACCGGAAGAUAAUGAAGAACUUAGAUCUAUGACCAAACAAGUAUUACAUCACGUUUUUAAUAUGACUACAGUUAUUUGUGAUGCUUCUCAAACACCGGCUGAAUUUACUAAUAAUCUUUUUAGUCGACAAAGGGAAGAUAUUUUUCACAUAUCGAACAGCGUUAAUAAUGUACAUUCUUAUCCUGAUUGUUCAGAAGAAGCGACACUUCGAUUGAAAUCUUAUCAAUCAUUGAGAUCUUUACGAACAAUCAGCUCAACAAAAUCAAAUGAUAAAAGACCAAUGCACGAAUUUCAAGGAUUAAACCGCCGGUCUAAUUUAUCACAUAGUUCAAACCUAAUAAGGGAUAACAUAGCCGUCGAUUCUGAUGAAUCGCUGUCACUUUAUGGAAGUAGUUACGACAAUGAUGAAAUUGGCUUUCUAAAGUCAAAAGAAAGAUUACGAACAUUUGAUAGCCCAAGAGAGACUACUUUUUCAUUGCCUAGAUCAUCAAGUCUUCAUACACGUAAAAGGAAUAUAAAUCUAUCAUCUUCUCCAUCUCAGCCCAUUGACAUUUCCGAAAAGCCUUCGACAUCAUCGCGUCCAAGUCUUAGCAUAUAUACUGGCUCACCUCGCAAGAAUAUUCAUCAUUCUUACUUCAGUUCCUCUUCACAGUCUCCAAAUGAUUACACUUUUUCUAAAAAAAGGCACGAAAGUUUAAGUACUAGUGGUUUUGAUCCACCUUCACCAUAUAUUCCUAGUUCGCGACCUUUGGCAAAGGCUGUGAUUAUUGAAAAUUUAUUAAAUGCAGAUGAAACUAUUUAUGCACUUUUGUUGGAGAUUUUGAUACGAAGACAAGUGAUUGACAGAUCUACGGUUUAUAACCUACCAAAGUCUUUUCUUGUUAUAGUUUUAUUACCAAUGACAUCCAUGAAAUAUAAUUUACCCAAUCAACUGGGAGUAGAAGCCGGGAAAUCGCCGAUAAUUACAGCUAAAAAAAGUCCGCUUAUAAAACCUGCGGAAAUUGAAGAUUUAUCCAAGAAAAUGGAUAAUGUAACUAUUCAUAAUGAUAUGCACAGAUAUAUGCGGGAUGUUGUUGUAGGGAUACGGACACAUCGUUUGGUGAAAGGUGGUUUAACAGCUCGUGCAUCAUCUGAUCUGGUGACACUUGUCAGAGCGCUCGCCGCAGUUUUUCAGCGUAAUUAUGCAACUCCUGAGUUGGUUCUUUUUGCAAGUGAAAAAAUAUUUUCACAUAGAUUAAUAUUGAGAGACGCUGGAGAUGACAAAAGCACUAUGUAUGGAACUAGUUUAUUUACAUUAUUAAGAGCAAGGAGUCUUUCGCCAAAAUUUCCAAGUCCUGGUGAUGUAGUAGCAGAUGUACUACAGACAGUUUGGCCACCUAUAUAA